UUGGGAAGCCUGGGCCUGGGCUUGCCAUCCCAGGGUCACUGGACUAGGAUGGGGGAUGGGCCUGUGACAGGAGGUACCCUGGGUGUCCUUUUUCGGCCCCAUGGAGUCCUCACCCAUCCCAGAGUCAUCAGGGAACUCUUCCACUCUGGGGAAGGUCCUUCAAACCCCAGGUCCCUCUACUGCCAGUGGGGUCCCAGAAGUGGGGCUGCGGGACGUGGCUUCAGAAUCUGUGGCCCUCUUCUUCAUGCUCCUUCUGGACUUGAUCGCUGUGGCUGGCAAUGCUGCUGUGAUGGCUGUUAUCGCCAAGACACCUGCCCUCCGGAAAUUUGUCUUCGUCUUCCACCUCUGCUUGGUGGAUCUGCUGGCCGCGCUGACCCUCAUGCCCCUGGCCAUGCUCUCCAGCUCCGCCCUCUUUGACCAUGACCUCUUUGGGGAGGUCGCCUGCCGCCUCUACUUGUUCCUGAGCGUAUGCUUUGUCAGCCUGGCCAUUCUCUCAGUGUCAGCCAUCAAUGUGGAGCGCUACUAUUAUGUGGUCCACCCCAUGCGCUACGAGGUGCGCAUGACGCUGGGGCUGGUGGCCUCUGUGCUGGUGGGUGUGUGGGUAAAGGCCUUGGCGAUGGCUUCUGUGCCAGUGUUGGGAAGGGUCUCCAGGGAGGAAGGAGCUCCCAGCAUCCCCCCAGGCUGCUCACUCCAGUGGAGCCACAGUGCCUACUGCCAGCUCUUUGUGGUAGUCUUUGCUGUCCUUUACUUCUUGCUGCCCCUGGUCCUUAUCCUCGUGGUCUACUGCAGCAUGUUCCGAGUAGCCCGCGUGGCUGCCAUGCAGCAUGGACCGCUGCCCACGUGGAUGGAGACACCCCGGCAACGCUCGGAGUCUCUCAGCAGCCGCUCCACCAUGGUCACCAGCUCAGGGGCCCCCCAGACUACACCGCACCGGACGUUUGGGGGCGGGAAGGCGGCAGUGGUGCUCCUGGCCGUGGGGGGGCAGUUCCUGCUCUGUUGGUUGCCCUACUUUUCUUUCCACCUCUACGUUGCCCUGAGCACUCAGCCCAUUUCGACUGGGCAGGUGGAGAAUGUGGUGACCUGGAUCGGCUACUUCUGCUUCACUUCCAACCCUUUCUUCUAUGGAUGUCUCAAUCGCCAGAUCCGGGGGGAGCUCAGCAAGCAGUUUGUCUGCUUCUUCAAGCAGGCCCCAGAGGAGGAGCUGAGGCUGCCUAGCCGGGAGGGCUCCAUUGAGGAGAACUUCCUGCAGUUCCUUCAGGGGACUGCCUGUCCCACAGAGUCCUGGGUUUCCCGACCUACACCCAGCCCUAAGCAGGAGCCACCUGCUGUUGACUUUCGAAUUCCAGGCCAGAUAGCUGAGGAGACCUCCGAGUUCCUGGAGCAACAACUCACCAGCGACAUCAUCAUGUCGGACAGCUACCUCCGUCCUGCCCCCUCACCUCGACCAGAAUCAUGA